AUGGGUGGGAUUAAUGAGGUUCCUAAAGGGGUUAGAGGGAAUUUUGGAGGUGGGUUUGGAGGGGGAAGGAGUGGUUUUGAGGGUUUUGGGGCGGCGAAUUUGGUUGGAGGGAGGGGAGGAGCUGGUGGGGUUUUCAGAAUUUGGCAGUGGAGGAGGCGUUGGUUUGAGAGAGAAAGAGAGAGAAGUGGUGGCGGAGGAGGAGGAGGAGGAGAAGGAGGAGUGGUGUUUCUGGUUGUGGAUGAGGGUGGAGAAGGGAGUGGUGGUGUUGAGAUAGUGUGGGGUGCUGAGUGA